AUGGUGGUCAGUCACUCCGUCGUUGGUCGUACCAACGCCGAAAAGCCUCAUGGCUUGAGGGGUAUGCUCAAGAAUCCGUACGUCUUCGGGACCUGCGCUUUCGCCUCCCUGGGAUGUAUCAUGUACGGAUACGACCAGGGAGUCAUGAGUCCCGUCCUGGUCAUGGAGAACUUCGAGAACCAUUUCCCCUACUUCAUGGGCUCCACCAUUCAGGGUUGGCUCGUCGCCGCGUUGGAACUCGGUGCCUGGGCGGGUGCGCUGUUCAAUGGUUAUCUGGCUGAUAGGAUUUCUCGGAAAUACUCCAUGAUGGUGGCUGUCGUGAUCUUCACUCUUGGGUCGUCGCUGCAGGCCGGCGCCCAGAAACCUUCAUACUUUUUUGCCGGUCGUAUCAUCGGUGGUCUUGGCAUUGGCAUGUUCAGUCAGGUUAUUCCGCUCUACCAGGCAGAGAUUGCGCCCCCGGAGCUGAGAGGUUCCCUGGUGUCUCUGCAGCAGCUGUCCAUCACCAUCGGCACGUCCAUUGCCUUCUGGUUGGACUAUGGAAUGCAAUACGUUGGCGGCACCACCUGCAACCCUGAGGGCAUCUCCAAUCCCUACCUCGCCGACGGCACAUACAACGCCGCCCAGAACCACGGUCAUACAUGUUUGGGACAGAAGACUAUCGCGUGGCGCCUGCCACUGGCUCUGCAGAUCAUCUUUGCCUGGACCCUCUUCUUUGGAAUGUUCUUCUUCCCGUUCUCCCCUCGCUGGCUGAUGUCCAAGCACCGCGAGGAGGAAGCCACCGCGGCGCUCUCCAAGCUCCGACGCCUGCCGCCUGACGAUCCCCUCCUCCGUGCGGAGAUCCUGGAAAUCAAGGCCGCCGUCCUCUUCGAUGAAGAGAGUGAGGCUGAAGCCAUCCGUCAGGGCGGAAAGCUCGCCCCCUGGAAGGCGCUGUUCAAGCCCAACAUGCGCAAGCGUCUUUUCCUCGGUUGCGGUGCCAUGGUGUGCCAGCAGUUCACUGGUAUCAACGCUGUUUUGUACUACGCGCCCCAGAUUUUCGCUUCAUUUGGCUUCAGUUCGACCAAACAGACCCUGCUGGCCACUGGUGUGACCGGUAUCUUGCAAAUCACCUUCACGCUGCCUGCUGUGCUGCUUCUGGAUAAAUUCGGUCGUAAGACCUUCCUUAUUGCCGGUGCCAUUGGCAUGUUCCUGUGCCACAUCGUCGUCGCUACCGUGGAGGGUCUGUAUCAAGAUAACUGGGACAAGAACCUGGGCUUGGACAAACCCCAAGGUUGGGUGGCGAUUGUCUUCAUCUGGCUGUUCGCUGUCAACUUCGCCUACUCAUGGGGUCCCGUAACCUGGGUGCUCGCGCAGGAAAUCUUCCCCAACAGCCAGCGCUCCCGCGGUGUGUCCAUCGUGGCCUCCACCAACUGGAUGUUCAACUUCGUCAUCGGUCUCACGACCAAGGACAUGCUCAAGUCCAUGAAGUACGGCACGUACAUCUUCUUCGCCAUCUUCAGUGCCAUCGGCGGUCUGUUCAUCUGGUAUUUCGCCCCCGAGACCAAGGAUAAGACGCUCGAGGAGCUGGAUCUGUACUUUGGUGGUGGUGAGGAGAGCAUCGCCGAGGCGGAUCGUCUGCGCAUGCAGAACAUCCAUGAGCGGUUGGGCUUGGCGGGUGUUCAGGAAGUCGGGGACUUGGAUGAGAAGAAGGAGAUCCGGGGUGAUGUGGUGGAAAUGUAA